AUGCACCAUCAAAAAAAAUCAAAAGAAGAACAAGUGUGUUGGGCAAAGAAACAAGACAAUUAAAUGAUGUGUUAUGAUGUUCAGGAUUUAUUUACCAUGUUUUUGUCUGCCGCUUUUGUUUUUUGCCAGCAUUAAAGCCAUAAAGGUCAUUGGUCGGGAUGUGACUGUGACAGCAGGAGAUGAUGCGCAGUUAUUCUGUGAAGCAAUCGAAGCAACAGAGCCUCUAACAACUAUUAGGUGGCAUAGACGAACAAAGAAAAAGCCGACAAAUACAGAUUUUCUGAUUAUCACUGCCAAUGGCAAAGAAGAACAUAUAAACGGACUUGGGGACCGAGUAAAAUUUGCAGGGAACUUGGCAGUACUGGACGGCUCAAUUCUUCUAAGUAAUGUUACUCUUUUAGAUGAAGGAAUCUACACCUGCAUCUUCAGCGUAUUUCCAAGCGGGUCAUAUAAAACAGAAAUUCGUCUCAGAGUACAAGUUCCUCCUGUUGUGACUGUGGGCACUGAUGUUCCUGCUGUUGCUGGAGACACUGAAGGGAUUUUAGUGACCUGCACUGCAGCCAAUGCAAAGCCUGCAGCAGAAGUGUCGUGGAGUCUGGGUGCUUUAAACAACACGGUGAAAGUACAAAAUAAUGUCACUGUGGACUCUGAAGAUAGAUACACUGUUAAAAGCAACCUGAUUGGAACUGCAUCUAAAGAUCUAAACCAGAAGAAGUUUCAGUGUGUAGUCACACACCCUGGCCUAAAGCAGAAACUGGAACUGAGUUACACAUUGGAUAUUCACUAUCCUCCCCAGGUGGUUUAUAUUAGUUCAGCAGGUGAUCAAGGGGAAACCCGUGAAUUUCUCUGUGAUACAGACGCUAAUCCAAAACCUACAAACUUUACCUGGGGCAGAUUUUUUCCAUUGAGCAAGACUCGUUCCAGUGGUGUUAACAGACUGGUUGUUCCGCUGACCCCUGGCAGUAACGGACCUUACUAUUGUGUGGCGUCUAACCAAUACGGGGAAGCUGUUGGUUCCCUCUAUAUGCAUGUUGAAACAUCUACAGAAUCUAAAACCUGUUGGACUCUGUUCAUCCUGACCCUCGUUGCUGGGGUUUGCUGUUUUCUCUUUUGGAAAUUUGAAUUGUUUCAGCGUAUUAAUAAAAUACUGCGGCGUGAUAUCGGUCAACCUGUGCGUACGGAAUCUCCAGAUCGGGCAGAGGGCAGUAAUACAUGAAACAAACCUCUCUACUGGGACCAUACCUUGGCGUGGUGGAGGGGCUUAUCCUCCUUCAAGUGAGGAGAAAACCAAAUGGUCCCACAGGUUUUGUCACCUAAUGGUCCAUUUUAUGUUUGUUGACUGAUCAAGCCAAGUCAGAGGAGUUCACAUCACUUAAUCCCACUCUGAUUCAUCCUGAGAGUCAGGACUGUUUGCCUCAUUAGAUUUCAGUGUAACAAAACAUUUUUCUCAGUUUGCCUGUAAGUUUGGGUAGAUUUACUAGUCAGGAUUUCCUCUAGGUUUGCGAGCAAGCGUCCCCGAUGCCCCACAGCGCAACCCUACAAUCGCUCUGUUUAAAACCUGGUCAUCCAACACAUGCUAGAUAUUUGUGGUAAAUUGUUGACAGCUGUGUCCUUAAUAUUUAAUUAUAGAUUUAUUUAUGUUAUGUAUUAAAUAUACAAACACACACAUAAGCAUACCGACCUUUGCAGUGUUUCAGAGUUGUAGAGAGCGUUGAGUUGAGGUUUCCAGUGGUGUAUUAUAUGUAUGGCUGUCUUGAUGUUACAUUGUAGGAAGCAGUAUUAGAAAAUAUCUCUGAUGUCUGAACCUCUGAUGAACAACCCAGAGCCUUAACCAGUUGAGCCACCACUGCCCCAACUAAAUUGAAAAGUAAGUAAGAAAACAAGUUGGCUAAGUAGAAUGAAGUAAAAUCUUGUAAAACUAUUUUUUCUAUUAGUCAGAAAACGAGACUGAGAUAACGAUAGAUGAACUGUUGCUUAAUGCAUGCAGGAAUCAUCAAUAUUACCCAAGCACAGAGAUUGGGGAGCUAAAUAAAUCACUUUGAAUGAUUAUAUACAUAACCAGUCUACAAUGUUUUGCAAAUACAUCCACCGUAUAUACCACUCUAGGUGUGUAUGUGUGGAGUGGACACACCACAAAACCUGUUUCAGUAAACACUGCAUAUGUACAGUAAAAGCAUACUAAUUCAUACAGUGGCUACUGCUAAUAAAAACUAUAGAAUAAAUAUUAAACUCUGUAAUUAUUGCCAUAAGAAAGUUAUAUGAAAGUAAGCAACUUACGGAUGUUUUGAGAUUAAACAUGGAAAGACUGGCAUCAUUCUUUUAUUAGCACUCUUACAAUGUGGUUGGAUUAGUAUAUCAGAGACACCUUUCCUUUCAGAGUAAUACAGUCUUGAAACUCUUACUUUGUUCUCAGCAAACACUUUUAUAAAGGCAUCUUUGUGGCAGCUAAUUAUAGUUUUUGUAUUUGAAUGGUAUUAAUUGUUCAAGUUUGUGAUGUUGUAUAUUCUAGUGCUCUCUGUGCGCUCUGAAAUAAACCUAAUCUUUAGAAAUCA